ACGCGCUGGGUGGAUGCGGGGGGCUCCUGGGAACUGGGUUGGAGCCGAGCUAGCGCUAGCCAGGCGCAAGCGCGCACAGACUGCAACCACCCGAGGACCACCCCCCAGGCCACCCGGAGACCCCCGCGCAGAAUCGCCUCUGGAUCCCCGGCAGCCGGCGGGAGAUGAUGAAGAUGACGAAGAGGAAGACGAGGAGGAGGAAAUUGACGUGGUGACCGUGGAGAAGCGAAGGUCCUCCUCCAACAGCAAGGCCGUCACGACCUUCACCAUCACCGUGCGGCCCAAGAACGCAGCCCCGGGCCCGGGGAGGGCCCAGUCCGGGGAGCUGAUUCUCAAGCGCUGCGUCCCCAUCCACCAGCAGCACAACUAUGCCGCCCCCUCCCCCUACGUGGAGAGCGAGGAUGUGCCGCCCCAGAAGAAGAUCAAGAGCGAAGCAUCGCCCCGCCCCCUCAAGAGCGUCAUCCCCCCGAAGCCUAAGAGCUUGAGUCCCCGCAACUCUGACUCGGAGGACAGCGAGCGCCGCCGGAACCACAACAUUCUGGAACGCCAGCGCCGCAAUGACCUGCGGUCCAGCUUCCUGACGCUCAGGGACCACGUGCCAGAGCUGGUGAAGAACGAGAAGGCCGCCAAGGUGGUCAUUUUGAAAACCACCGAGUACGUCCACUCCCUCCAGGCCGAGGAGCAUCAGCUUUUGCUGGAGAAGGAGAAGUUGCAGGCAAGACAGCAGCAGUUGCUAAAGAAAAUUGAACACGCUCGGACUUGCUAACGUUUCUCGAAACUGGACAGUCACUCUGCCACUUUGCACAUUUUGAUUUUUUUUUUUUAAACAAACAUUGUUUGACAUUAAGAAUGUGGGUUUACUUUCAAAUCGGUCCCCCUCCCCGUCGAGUUUGGAUCUGGGUGGGGAGCAGGACAUGUGGGGUUCUGCCGGGACCUCGGGAGAGGGCCCGCAUGAUGGGAUGCUGGGUGGCCCUUGCAGUUUUCCUCCAUGUCACCUCCGAGACGCGGUCGAAGUUCGUGACAGUUGGGAGCCUCUGGGCUGUUGAAGUCACCUGUUUGUUCCAAGUUUCCAAACAACGGAAAGUCAUUCCUUCUUUUUUAAAAUGGUGCUUAAGUUCCAGCAGAUGGUCACGUAAGGGGUUUGCCAUUUGAUAACCCCUGGGGAACAUUUCUGUAAAUACCAUUGACACACCCGCCUUUUGUAUACGUCCUGGGUAAUGAGAGGUGGCUUUUGCGGCCAGUAUUAGACUGGAAGUUCAUACCUAAGUACUGUAAUACCUCAAUGUUUGAGGAGCAUGUUUUGUAUACAAAUAUAUUGUUAAUCUCUGUUAUGUACUGUACUAAUUCUUACACUGCCUGUAUACUUUAGUAUGAUGCUGAUACAUAACUAAAUUUGAUACUUAUAUUUUCGUAUGAAAAUGAGUUGUGAAAGUUUUGAGUAGAUAUUACUUUAUCACUUUUUGAACUAAGAAACUUUUGUAAAGAAAUUUACUAUAUAUAUAUGCCUUUUUCCUAGCCUGUUUUUCCUGUUAAUGUAUUUGUUCAUGUUUGGUUCAUAGAACUGGGUAAAUGCAAAGUUCUGUGUUUAAGUUCUUCAAAAUGUAUAUAUUAGUGCUGCAUCUUAUAGCACUUUGAAAUACCUCAUGU